UUGGCAAGAUGUCUUAUUUUAUCGUUUAGCAGAACUAGUCGUAGCGAUAAAAAAAAAAGAGAUUAAUAUAUAUAUUUAUCUAUAUAUCUACAUACAAAUUGGAAUAAAUAUAUAGGUUGAAAUUUAAUGAAUCUGGAGCCUGGUUGAUCUUUCAUUUGAAAAAAAUGACGGAUUCAUUUGACUCUGGUGGUGGGGGAGAUGUUAAGAAGAUGGAAAAAGAUCUGACGUCUUUUCUUGGGCCUUACGAAUCCUUGAUUAUGAAAAUCCAGAGCCUUCUCGUUUGGGAACACCCGUGGCGAAGUGCUAUCUUAUUCACUAUUAUCCACGUUUUAAUAUGGUUGGUUCAUUAAAAACGAUUUUUCCAUGACUUAAUAAUUUAUAUUGAAACGCAGUGAGUUAGUGAUAGUGAGUUUGUUUCCACGCGAUAAAGUCACUACCGACCUAGGCUCUACUCUAGUCCAGGCUAGUACUAGUAGUAGCCUAGUUACUAGGUAGACCUAGUGUUGGUGCCUGACCUAGUCUAAAUUUAAUAUAGAAUCAUCAUUUAUAGGCUUAGACCUAAGACUUAGAUAUGUCUAGUCUAAGUCUAUGAAAUGAUGAUUCUAUAAAUAGUUUAUAUUAAACAUAAUAAAUUGUAGCUUAAAGUAGGCCUACUGGUAAUCUUACAGUUCAUAUGUGUAUGUUAUUUCUGAUUGAAUUUCGUAUUAUCGCGUUUAAGCUUACGUGUAUUUUUUUAUAAAAUUGAGUCCAGACAGUAUUAGUAUUAGUUAGCCCUAACACUAAAUUGUAAUAACUUUUCUUUUUAUUGAUUUUUACAGCCCCCAUUCGUACAUAGCCGAAUGUGUAAACGAUAUCUCCAUUUUUUUGUUUUUUUUAAAUUCACCCCACAUGCCAGAUUGGAAUUUUUCAAAUAAAAGCAUAUUCACCAAAAAGAAACAAGAAAUCAAAUUUAUAUUAAAUUAUACCAAAAUUACAAACGAAAACCAUGUUCAUAAAAUGCUUAACUUUUCAAACGAAAACCAUGUUCAUAAAAUAAAUUUAUAUAAAAUUGGCGUGUAUAUUGGCUAGUUUUCGGAAAAAUUAAAAUUAUGAGUUCAUUAAACUUCAGCACCGGUUUUUGAAUAUGGAUAAUCAAGUGUAUGUUAUUAUGUGUACUAAGUUGGAUCUCGUUCCAUUCAUCCAUGCAGGAGCCUUUGCUUGGAAUUAUAUUUAUACACCCCUUGCCUUAUAAGGAAAAAAAAGAAUUCUGGACUUCUAUAAAAUAAUGGAAAUCUAGUUAAGUUCAACAACCCCACCCCACCCCUCCAUCCCCCACCCCCUUCCGUAAAUUCAUUCUUUUUGUGAACAUGGCUACAAUUUGAAAAUUUCGUUUAGCAUACCGACUUAUAAGUGAUUAAAAUUCUGGCAACUGGGUUAAAAAAUACAAAACAAAUCGAGCAAUGGCAGGUUGGUGGAUGUUCAAAGACACUUGAGAAAUAAAAUAAAACAAAAAUAAGCGCUGAAUAUUUCAGUUUUAGUUAACUAUCACUGCCUAUAUUUAAUUUAAUGAAGAAUACACGCAAGUUUACAUGCGAUAAUAUGAAAUUCGAUCACAAAUAAUAAACGCACCUGAACUGCAAGAUUACAGGCCUAGUAUAGACACUUAAGACUAUAUAUAUUAAUAAUAUAUAUCUAUAUAAUUAUAGUUCUAGUUAUAAUCCUAAUUGUAUUAUAAUAAAAUAAAAAGAAAGCAUAGGUCUGCAUUUGAAUUAUAAUUAUAUGACAUACCUCAUAAGCAUUUACUCCAUGCAAUUCAUUUAUUAUGUUUAGGAGAGUUCAUCUUUCUGAUUUUUUUUUUUUCAAAAUAAAUGCGGCCACCCAUAUCUAAGCUUUUGCAUCAUUAAAAACAACUUCAAUUAAUUAGUUGACAGACUAUAAAGUUUUGAAACCCAUUAAUUAGCUUAAUAAACUUAAUUAGUUACUUGGUUAUAUCAACACACAUCAUUCUGUGUAUGUCCAAAAAUGACAUAGUUUGUUAUCACACUUUUGGCCUGUGAAUUUCAUUGACCUCUAAUAAUCUCUUUUCAUUCAAUGGUUUAUAAAAAGAUUGAUAUUGUCAUGAAUGACGAAGAGUAGAUUCACUUUAGAGCAUGCCAAUGUAAAUAUAGCAAUGAGGCUAUUCUUUUCAGAACAUUUUCUUUGACUUUUAGUGGUUUAUGUAUCAAGGAAACCACACAUAUAAAGUUAUGCAAAAUAAAUAUUCUCGAUCAUAUGUAAAACAUUAGUUGUACGUUGUGUUAUAAACUGCAUUCUGACUGUCUCAAGAAAUUUGGCAUCAGUAUCUUUAAAAUAAAAAAGUUGUGGGUAAAAUAGUGCAGAAAUUAGAAAAUUGGGUCAUAAGUUUACGUGGUUAUAUAUAUAUAUAACUUUAAUUAGUGGCUUCAUUUUUUUUUUUUUUAAAUCACAACUCGACUUUUAAAAAAGACAGAAAGAUGAACUUGGUGUUUUUAAAAAAAAAUCUUACAGCCUAGCUCUUCAACAUAAUGUAGACCUGGUUACCCUUAUGAUUUUGGCAUACAAUGUAAGAAUUUGAGAUGUUUUUUAUGGUUGUAAGCUGAGAACUGUUAGAACUACGAUUUUAUUAGAUUAUGGUGAAACAAAAAUAUUCUGAAAGACUUAAGAUAAAAAAAAUGCAUUUUCUGUUGUUAAUUUUAUCUCUUUUCUACAUCUGGAGGUGGAUGAGAAAUAGGAUUUGCUGGAGACCAUCCAUAAUUAUAUUAUGCACUCACUGAGAAGUGGAGGGGGGAUGAUGUUGACUUAGGAGAGUAUUUGUGUGCAUGAGAGGGGAGAGGGUAGGAGUCUAAAUAUUUUUUAAAAAUUAUAAAAAAACUUGUUGGUUGUGUAAUGAUGGCGAUGAUCAUGAUAUUUUUCCCAAUGAACUCGCUAGAUACAGUACCGGUAACAGUAAUAAUAGCAUAGUUUGCCUUGUGAAAAAUUGAGUCAACAUUGGCUUUUGUUUGCUUCGCUGCUGUACGACGUAAUUUCUUGACUUAAUUAUUUUAUUCUUCGGGUGAACUGCAGUGCUUGGGAAAAUGGAAAAAAAACUACAGCAAUGUUAGAUUUUGCCAUGUUUUAGAAUCUAAUAAGCGGUGUAUGAAAUCUACUUUUAGAAUUCACUAUUAACUGUACAAUGUUGAUACCUGAGUUGGUUCGCGCACUCCUCUUCUUCCCUACUCCCAAUACAGCUUGCAGUAGUCAUUAGACUAAAAUAUGUUAAUGGAAAAUAAAAUUAGGCUCCUAGGCUUAAUGCAGGUUGGCCAACAUGCGGCCCACAUUAAAUAUCAUGGCCAGCUCGAUGUAUCACAAAUGAACUUAUUUUUAUUCUCUUAACAAGUAUUUUCAUCCUUUGCAUAAAUGCAAAUUUUCGGUGUGCAUGCCCCUUUUUUAAACUGAUUAAAAAAUUGUUUGAACUAAGUAAUAUCAAAUCUUAAAUAAAAAUUAUAAAAAAAUUAUACUAUUUAGUAACUACUAAGAUUAAAGGAUUCAUAUAAACACAGUUAGGAAUAGGGAACCUAAUUUUGAAUGUAUAAAGAAUUUUCUGGGGAGGGUAUUCAGCCCACACCCUAAACCCCACCCAUAUUCAGCGGGCAUCCUCAAUUUCUACUAUCCCACCCCUAUCUUCAUCUAUCAAAGUGGCAAUGAUGGUUACUUUUUUAUUUGCAAUACAGCACUGUAUAUAAAUAUAGAAACAUAAGGUUUAUACUUUGGGAAGUGACCUUUAUUAGACAUUGGAUGCCAAUAGUUAUUGUAUACAUUAUACUGUAUAAAUAUUUAUUUACUAUUACAAUACAGUUUUGUAUGAUUUUAUGAUGGUAAAAUUCUAUUGUACUAUUUUUGGACUUCCAGGGUAACCAGGUCUGCAUGAUGUAUCGUUUAUGGCAGUCAGAUAAUAUUUAAAAUUUAUAUCAAAGUACCUACAUUAAAUGUCACCAAUUAUAUCUCACUGAAUGAAGAACUGUACAAAAAUACAUUUUCAGGUUCAUUAGCAUGACAUCAUCAAGAUUUUUCUUUUUGAUGAGUGUCACAGUUAUGUGCAUGGUAUUUAUAGACACAUGGAAAAACAAAAUAUGGCCUGAAAUUAGAGGUAAAGUAUGUUACCUAAAAUGGAUGUUUACAUUAGCAAUAUAGGAUAUACCCGGUAUACAAUAUUUUAUUUUUAAAUGUUUAUAUUUGUUUACGCUAGCCAUUGUGAUGGUCAAGUUAAAAACACCUUCAUAGGCAUAGGCAUAUACAUUUUUUUAAAAAUUAACCCUUUUGAGACUGAGUCUAUUAGGCGUGUCAGUGCCAAGAUGACGGACAUUGUUCUACAAGCUUGCACUCAUAUUGCAAAAAAAAAUUAUAAAAAUUAACUAAUUAAUUUAUAAAUAUAACACAAUUUAUAUAGUCUUGUAAGGAAUUAAAUGAACUAAUACAAUCUUUGUAAAUCAAACUAAAAUCUCAGCAUUUAUGCAAAUGACAUCCUGAUUUGCAUAAUUUAUACAAGCAAUUUUUUUGUACACUUGAAAUAAACACAUCUUACUUGAAGAUGUUUGUUAAAUUUUAUAAUUGUUGAAGCCUGAAUAUGUCUUAACCCAUAUUUGAAUGAGAUGCAAUUUGAAAAACUACAUGAAAUAUUCCCUGGGGCUGCUUUUAACAUAUUUUAAGGUAAAUAUUUUAAAGGAUUUUUAGGGGUCUCUAGGUAAAAUAAAACUGAUUUAAAUGACAGAACACCGUAAAAUAUCAUUGGAAGCUGCUAUCAAAAUAGUGAGAUGAGCAAGAAAUGUGAGAAGCAAUCUGAUUUGCUGGUUCGAAGAUCAGCCAGUCAAUCUUGAAGCUUGAAUUAUUGGGCAGAUGGAUCUGCCAUUGGCCUUAUUCAUAAUCACAUCACAAGAGGGUUAACCCUACAUAUGUAGGUCAAACAGUUCUUUUUGUACCAGUACUAUACUUUUGGUGCAUUUCCAAUAAUUGAAAUAUCAUUAUUGCUAAUUAUGUAAAUCACUUUAUUUAUUUUAAAAAAGUUUAAAAAAAAAAAAAAAAAUCUUUAAAAAAUAAAGAUAUUUUAAUUGUUUUUUGGAAACAAUUUAUUUCAGUUCCAACAAAUGAACCAGAGGACAAAGAUGGGUAAUAAUUCUGUUAAUUUUAUUUUUCUAGUAACAAAAAUAUUUUUAAUUUGCAGUUGUAUUGGUAACAUCAUAAUCAUUUUAAGACUUUGUGCAAUGAUUUUUAUUAUAUUUAUGAGUAUGAAAUAGAAUGUAAAAGAAAACAACAAAGAAUAAAGCUCUUUAAAUAAUAUGAAUGUAUUUCUAGAUGGACACCAGUUCACCCAAGGUUAUUAAGUGUGCCAGAAAUAAGCACACACUUGAGUAGAAUUCUUGAUUCUCUGGUCAAGAACUUCAGAUUAGCUCGUGAUUAUCGAAUCUCACACCCACUUGUGGUAAGAAUGAAUUGAUGUAUGACUUGUAUGUUUAAAAUAAAAAUACUUUAAAUAUGUUGAAACCUGAAUUUAACUUUACAUUUAAUUAGUUGUAUUUUUUAUGAUUGUUAAAAAAAGUCAAUGCUGCCAGUUGGUAAGUAAAGAUGCGUGUAUAAAGAUGAGAGAAGACAGUUGGAUAAAUCAUGAUGCUCCUUCUAUUGUAUUUGGUUCUCCAGAUAACACCAUAAGACACCCACACACCAUAAAACCCCCCCCCCCCCACACACACACACAUUUACAAUCACAAUGUUUUUUCUUUGCAGUUUUGUCUUGGAAAUAUUAGUUGUAUUUUUUAUGAAUGUUAAAAAAAGUCAAUGCUGCCAGUUGGUAAGUAAAGAUGCGUGUAUAAAGAUGAGAGAAGACAGUUGGAAAAAACAUGCUGCUACUUCUAUUGUAUUUGGUUCUCCAGAUAACACCAUAAGACACCCACACACCAUAAAACACCCCCCCCCCCCACACACACACACAUUUACAAUCACAAUGUUUUUUCUUUGCAGUUUUGUCUUGGAAAUACUGCCUUCUUUACAAUAACAGCUGUAAUUGGUUACUAUAUCUCUGGUUUUAUGCUGCUCUAUAUUAUAUGUAAGUUCAACUAUUAAUUAGAAAUAAAAAUCACAGGGGACGGGGGAAAACCUGAAAGAAGAUUAAACUAAACUAAUGUGUCAGCAAACAUGAAACGGGUUAGAUUCUCUGGAACGAGAUACCAAAUAUUGUUGUGGGUCAAAUUUAUCUUAAGAAAUUAUAAAGCUAUAAUACAACUGUUAAGCUGUGUUCUCAGUAACAAAAAUAGGUAGGUCAGAUACUAAAGACCAUUUUCAACCCCAAAGAAUCAAGGCGAAAGUUGAUUUUGCUUAUAGUUUGUCAUAAUUAACCUAGGCCCUACAUAAUUUUUUCAACAGCAACAACAAAAUAGAUUUUCCUUGUUGGCCACAAGUUAUCCUUGGUGUUUCAAAUAGUUUCUCAUGACUUUUAAAUAUUUGAUGAGGCUAUUAUUGCAAAGUGAUUUCGUAAUUUUAAUGUAGAAAUAAGGAAAAAGCAAAACGCAAAGUAUUAAGUUAAUUUAGUGGCAAUACUUUUUUGGUCAUUGCAAUUUAAGAAACAUUAAAAAAAUGUAUUCCUGUAGUAAAAUAUAUUCCUGAUCUCCCUACUUCUGAAGCACUUGAUGAAUAUUUUCUGCAUUGGAUAUAUCUGGUGAGCAGGGUCUUUAGGGAGCCCUCUUUAGAUUCUUUAAAUGGCCUUGAUACAAAAACUAUAAAAAUUUCAUGUUGAAAAAUAAAUAUUUUAUUGAUUAGUGCUUAAAAGAAUAUUUUUCUUAUGAAUUUAACAAAAAUAUUAUUAGCUGAUCUUUAAAUAGUUAUACUGUCAUCUUAAAAUAUGAGACCUGGACCACAGUUCCAACUUUAGAUUGUGUGUUACUCUUAUCUUUUUGCUCCCAAUUUCAACCCUUUAAUAUUAUGGUAAGCCUAUGUAUAUCUCACUUGUCAAGUUUAUCCCAUAUCUCUGUCUAAUUUAUUGAAUAUCACUUUUUUUUUCCAGUAAUAACUUUGAUGUUGUGGCCUUCUGUGUUGUAUCAUUCCAUACUAAGAAAAGUAUACCUGAAAUUGGAGCCCGGAAUAAUUUUACUGUUAAACCAAAUGAAGAAGGGAUGCAGAUCCAUAACGAGUAAGUCUAAUAGUAUCCAUAGGCAACAUCUACAAAUGAGUCUAGAUUUUUUAAAUAUAAAAAAUAUAUCUGGUUUUAAUGGGAUUCCAAUCUGAUCCCAUUUUAAAGUUUUAAUUUUUUUGUCGUAUUGCAGCUUUAGGUGGGAGAAUAAAUGCCUCUAGACUUUUUUCACGUUCAACUGCGGGACCUCAAGUGGAAGUUACUGAUGAGGAUGACUUUGUACCGCAAGUAAAAUUAUUAAUAACUAUUCCAAGAAACUAGUUAUUUGUUACCUUCAUUUUUGUAAAUUGAGAGCUUGUCAUUUAGAACACAUUUUGUAUGUAUUACUUUGUUGCACUUAAAAUCUUAGCGAUGUUACCAUGUGUUUUUUUGUAAUAGCUUUUUUUUUUUAAACCACGAACUGUGGUCGGCAGAAAAAAAUCAGCUGACAUUCUCGUUAUGUACGGUGGUGGCCGAUAAAAAACACGGUCUGAUAGCAACUUCCAACCAAAUAUUUAACUGGAAUUAGAGCCACUUCCUUUUAUUAAUAAUUAAAUCAUCUUCCGCUUCAAGCUGUUUCGUGAUAACUUGAAAAUAAAUAUUUUUUAAUCUGAGUUUUAUAUCACUGUUUUUUUUAAAAUCUCAAAUGGUUGAAGCCAUGGCUGGGGUCAUUCAGUGCAAGAACUAAUAGAAAUAUGUUUGAAAGCUUUUUAGGAGAGGUUUUAAGUGAUACUGAGGAUUUUAACAUUCCUCAUGACGAUAUCAGUUGAGAUUAUUCUUUUAGUGAAUUUUAUACUAGUCUUAGUGAUACUGAAGUAGGCCUACUGAGGCUACUGUUAGACUUCGAGACAGGCCUGGACCAAAUCAGUUCCACAGUUCCUUUUUAAAUGUAUACUAACCAAUAAUAACUAUUUUGCCUGAGAUUUUGUAUUUUGUACUUGGUUUUAGCAGUAGUCCCCAGUUUCUUAUAUAAAUGACCUAAAGUUACUAAAAUUGUUUUCAGAUGUUUAAUUGCAAUCAAAACCUUAGCAAACUAUAUAUGCUUCUUGUUGAAAGAUAAAUGAAUUGGCUACAACAUUUAGAUUUGUGUUUUAAGUGUAUCUAUAAAAAUUAAUGAUGUUAUGAGCACUUGAAAGGAAGACAUUUUGUCGAUAUUUUUUUUCUUGAUAACUACAAGGUCAAGGACACUGAGCACAAUUUUUUUACCAAUUUUAUCCCCAUCCAUUUACCUUUCUAAAAAUAUAUACUUAUUGGGUAUUGUAUCAAUAUUUCUAUGUCAUUUAAUGUAAUUUCAAAUUGCACUAAAAACGCUCUGAAAAGCUCCACACCACAGAAUAGUGCAUGCCACAGUUCGUGAGUUAAUGUAAGGGUAGAUGGCAAAAUCACUUUUAAAAGAAGUUGAAAUCUUUAAAAAGAUAUCAUCAUUAUUUAUUUUUCUUAGAUUGAUCAAGACAUUGCUGCAGCUCUAGCUAAAGCGACCACAGACAGCGACGACGAAGGUGGAAAUUCUUCUAUUCCUACCCCAAGACUUUCCAAAAAUCCAUCAUUCAGUACAAGUGAAGAUGGUAAAAACUUUCUCUCAGACUUAGACUUAGAUGAGCAAUGAUGAAAUCAAACUGAAUUAAUCUAAUGCUGUGUUUUUUUAAACAAUUUCUACUUUGAUUAGUUUCCUUUAUAUAAAAAUAUUGCACCACACUUGUUACAAUUUCAUGACACACCAGUGUAUCAGGAUACACUGGUUGACUUUUUCUGAUCUAAUAAGGUUAUGCAUUUCUUGUAUAAUGAGAGGGCUUUAUAUUAUGUUCAAGCAGGAAUGAAACUUUAAGAAGCAUUUAUAUAUGUAAAAAUAAUUUUCCCUGUGCCUAUCCUUAGAAAUAAAAUAAAUUCACCUAAUAUUUUUUCAUUUUCUACUUGUUGCUGAAAUUGCCUUUCAUUUGCAAUUGAAUGUGUAUAAUGAUUUUAAAAAAAACAACCUCACCUCACAUCACUGGGACCUUUUUAAUGUAUUUGCUGCAAAUAAAUGUAGAAGUUUAGUAUUUAUAUUUUUUAUUAAAAAUUUUGAAUAAAUUAUAUCACUGUGGGAUGGCAACCAAUGUUAUUGCCAAGGUCUCAAUUUACCUAUACCUAUGUGUGUAUGUUUUUUAAUCUACUCAUAAAUAAAUUACUUUUACCAUGUGAGUCUGCGUAAAAAUAAUCUAGAAAAUAAGCCAAACAAAGUAUGGGAAAACCUGAAAAAAAGGACGCAGAAAAAAAUGAAAAUAUUAUAUGAUGAGUUUUUUCAAUUCAGAAAAUUUUAAGGAAGUAGAAUUUUUGAUUAGCUACGCUUUAUCACAACAAAUAUUGACUUAAUUUUUAUUUCAGAAACGCAAGGGGAAGAUUUUGAACCAAGCAUCAAUCAGAUGCCAUCCUUCGAUGAUAACCUAGAUAACACAGAUGAUGAACUUGACCUGCCGUCUCUGAAUGAAAGCGGCUCUCACCACUCAAGUCGGCUCAGUGCUCUCCAAUUUGCUGCGGCUCAUUUUGGCGGAGAUUCCGAGUCAGAGGAUGAGCAAAUGCUGGGCCGAGACCUUGAUUUCUCUAACGCUGGAAUUUCCUCUAACAAUAACAAUGCCACUGGUGGGUCAUUGUCACAGUCAGGGCUGACAUCUUUAGCAGGGGCCUUGGUUGCAAGGACUAUAACAACUAUGAUGGAGUCAGCCAUGCAAGGAGUAGCCUCCCUUAGUCAGGGCCAGUCAGCCUCUUCAUCCAGUUUGAUUUCUCGGAAUGGAUCCAAGAUAACAUAUACUAGGACAGAAGAGGGAGAAAGUAUUGAUUUUCAGAAUCCAGAACCUCCUAUUUAUGAGUCAGAUGAGGAAGAAGAGGAAACAGAUGAUUCAUUAGAUGGCAGGGAUCAAAUUGCUGAAAUCGAAAAAGAUUUUGACUUUCUUAGAGAACUUGAGCCAGACCAAGGUGAUAGUGAUGACAAAGGACAUUUUUGAUUUCACUGCUAAAAAUUAAGGAAUUCCUAAUGGAAUCAGAAGUUUCAUUUUAUUUUCAUGGAAGAUAUCUAAUUUUAAAAUAUGUUUAUCAUAAUUUGUUUUAUAGUUUAUGUAUUAAAUACUUUUCUUUAUUUUCCAUAAAAUAAUCAGCAAGAUAUUUUUUUUUAUAUAUUAAAGCAAAUAAUUUUGUAUUCUUUUAAAAAUUAUAAAUUAAUUUUAAACAGUUACUGGAAAUUUGUUUGAAAGAAAUUUCGUAGACAGAAAAUUGAUAGAUGGAAAUUUGAUCGAACGGAAAUUUGGUGGAAUCUUUGUUUC